AUGGUUGGCGAUCGAAAAUUAGAGGCAAGUGCUUCACGUUUAAGUUCACAAUACUCUUCUACAACCCUAUCGACGACCUUUACCUUUAGUAGUAGUGGACCUAUGGUUCAACUUUACGCAGAUAUUCUUUUAUUGAUUAUGCUUGAAUUACAAGAUGAUAUUUCUUCUUUACAUUCUUGCGUCCUUGUGAAAAGCUUUAAAAGCAGGCGGAAGUUGGCUAACAAAGGAACGCCGGAAAUUUGNGCUGGUUGUUCCGAAGACGAGACAAACGCAUUCGCUCAAUGUCGUCUUCAUACAAGCUCAAAAGAUGCUUCACGUUUAAGUUCACAAUACUCUUCUACAACCCUAUCGACGACCUUUACCUUUAGUAGUAGUGGACCUUUAAAAGCAGGCGGAAGUUGGCUAACAAAGGAACGCCAGAAAUUUGAGAAUUUUACCGAGGAAAAAUUUCAAAGUUUUUCAGCUGAUUGUCAGCAAGAGUCCAAGAAUUUAUUUGUAGAUCCUGGUCUCAGAUAG